AUGUCCAAGCAAACGUCUAAGAACCCCUCGGUGGUAGAACGUAAGUCGGUUUCAAGCCUAGAGUCAAAUAACCAAAAUUUCACCACCGUCACCUCCAACAACGGUGCCAUUAUUCCUGUCAAUGAUGACCAUGUUGACCAUAAACUUGAAAGGAGGAUCUGCCGCAAGCUCGACUUUCGUAUUCUUCCCAUGACGGCUCUCAUGUACCUUUUCAAUGCCUUGGAUAAGGGAAAUAUUUCAAAUGCCAAGACCGAUGGGCUUGACGUUGAUUUGAACAUUACUGGUUCCAGAUGGAAUUUGAUGUUGUCUAUCUUUUAUAUUCCGUUUGUGUUGUUUGCGUUCCCACUCUCGCUUCUUAUCAAGCGAUAUAAUCCAGCCAGAGUGAUCCCAGUGUUAAUGUUCACGUUUGGAUCGAUUACACUUUUGGCAGUGUCGGUGUUCAAUUUCGAGUCGUUGAUGGCUGCUAGAUGGUUUUUGGGGCUUUGUGAGCUGGCCUUCUUCCCCGGAAUCAUUUAUUACUUGACAAAGUUUUACAGAAGACACGAACUUGCCCGAAGACUUGCGAUAUUCUAUGCUGCGGCUAACAUUGCCAAUGCAUUUUCUGGGCUUCUUUCGUUUGGAGUUUUCCAGAUUAACAAUCCUAAUCUUCACGGAUGGCAGAUUUUGUUCCUUGUGGAAGGAAGUUGUACGGUGGUUUUUGCUGUGGUGGCAUACAUGUUCUUGCCUCGUUCUGUGGAAACUGCAAAAUUCUUCACCGAAGAAGAACGAGCUUGUGCCAUUGAAAGAGUAUCCACCGACUCUUCGGCGGCUUCUGGUGAGACAAUUGUGUUCAAAGAUGCCAUAAAAGUGUUCAAACAUCCAGUGGCUCUCGGGUGGAUGUUUGUUGAAAUUUGUAUUGGUGUGCCUUUGAACUCCAUUAACAAUUGGUUCCCGCAAAUUGUUGGAGUUUUGGGCAAGUCGACGGUCCAGACAAACUUGUACACUGUUGCUCCCAAUAUUUGGGGAGCAGUGGCUCUUAUUGUUCUAGCUUUCAGUUCGGAUUAUUUCAGAGUCAGAUCGGCAUUUAUUUGCACCGCCGUGCUCAUCACCUUGAUAGGUUUUGCAGUUUAUGGUGCCAUUGAUGUUCAGUCUCAUCUUGGAGUGGCUUACUUUGCUUGUUUCCUAAUGACUACGGGAGCUUCAGCUUCUUCAGUUUUGACUUCAACUUGGUACAACAAUAAUACUCCAAAUGAGAACAGAAGAGUGGUGAUAAGUUCGGUGGGAGUUCCUUUGGCCAAUGCUGCUGGGCUCAUCUCCACCAAUAUUUUCCGAGCACAAGAUGCUCCCAAGUACGUUCCAGCAUUGGGAAUUACCGCUGGGUUUGGUGGUCUUGCAAUUGUAUUGAUUGCGUCAAUUACCACUUUUAUGAUCUUUGAUAACCGCCGGAGAAAUAGACAGCAGGAUGUCAAUCUCACAUACAAAGAUGUACCUACAUCAGAGCUUCGAGAGGGUCCCGCAAACCCGAACUACAGGUGGAUGUACUAA